GGUGGCGCGGCGGAGCAGGGAGGGGAUAGGGGCGGCGCUGUCUGACCAAUCGAAGCUCAACCGAAGAGCUAAAUAAUGUCUGACCCCAGAGCCUGGCGCUGGCUGAGCUCCGGGUGCCCGCCGCUGCCGCCGCGCCAGGGCGCACCCGCUGGCUGGCAGUCGCACGGUCCCCGCCGCGCCGGGGACUCCCGGGCCUGGAGAAGGAGGCCGCCUGGGGCGACGCGCCACCUCCGCCUGGGGAAGCUUUGAUGAGACCGGCUUCCUCCCUCUGCCGCCACCGCUGCUGUGGGGCAGACGGGAAAGCGCACGGGGCCCGGGACAGGGCGCAGGGGCCAAGAGCGUGACAACGAUGUGACUCCGCUGCCGGGGACCCGAGAGCUUUGUGUGGACCCCGAGUUCCACCAGGUGAGAAGAGUGAUGACCAUCCUUUUCCUUACUAUGGUUAUUUCAUACUUCGGUUGCAUGAAGGCUGCGCCCAUGAAAGAAGCAAACGUCCAUGGACAAGGCGGCUUGGCCUACCCAGGUGUGCGGACCCAUGGGACUCUGGAGAGCGUGAAUGGGCCCAGGGCAGGUUCGAGAGGUCUGACGACAUCACUGGCUGACACUUUUGAACAUGUGAUCGAAGAGCUGCUGGAUGAGGACCAGAAGGUUCGGCCCAACGAAGAAAACCCUAAGGACGCGGACUUGUAUACUUCCCGGGUGAUGCUCAGCAGUCAAGUGCCUUUGGAGCCUCCUCUGCUUUUUCUGCUGGAGGAAUACAAAAAUUACCUGGAUGCUGCAAACAUGUCUAUGAGAGUCCGGCGCCACUCUGACCCAGCCCGCCGUGGGGAGCUGAGCGUGUGUGACAGUAUUAGUGAGUGGGUCACAGCGGCAGAUAAAAAGACUGCAGUGGACAUGUCGGGUGGCACGGUCACAGUCCUGGAGAAGGUCCCGGUAUCAAAAGGCCAACUGAAGCAAUAUUUCUACGAAACCAAGUGUAAUCCCAUGGGUUACACGAAGGAAGGCUGUAGGGGUAUAGACAAACGGCACUGGAACUCGCAAUGCCGAACUACUCAGUCGUAUGUUCGGGCGCUUACUAUGGAUAGCAAAAAGAGAAUUGGCUGGCGAUUCAUAAGGAUAGACACUUCCUGUGUAUGUACACUGACCAUUAAAAGGGGAAGAUAGUGGAUUUAUGUUGUAUAGAUUAUAUUGAGACAAAAAUUAUCUAUUUGUAUAUAUACAUAACAGGGUAAAUUAUUCAGUUAAGAAAAAAAUAAUUUUAUGAACUGCAUGUAUAAAUGAAGUUUAUACAGUACAGUGGUUCUACAAUCUAUUUAUUGGACAUAUCCAUGACCAGAAAGGAAACAGUCAUUUGCGCACAACUUUAAAAGUCUGCAUUACAUUCCUCGAUAAUGUUGUGGUUUGUUGCCGUUGCCAAGAAUUGAAAACAAAAAGUUAAAAAAAAAUAAUAAAUUGCAUGCUGCUUUAAUUGUGAAUUGAUAAUAAACUGUCCCUCUUUCAGAAAACAGACAAAACAAAAAAACAACAAAAAAAAUACAAAAAUCUGAACCAAAACAUUCCGUUUACAUUUUAGACACUAAGUAUCUUCGUUCUUGUUAGGACUCUGUUUUACUGCUUUCGACUUCUGAUAGCGUUGGAAUUAAAACAAUGUCAAGGUGCUGUUGUCAUUGCUUUACUGGCUUAGGGGAUGGGGGAUGGGAGGGGAAUCUUUCUGUUUGUUUUGUGUUUUAUUUUGUUUGUUUGUUUGUUUUGUUUUUUAGUUCCGCCAGGAGUAGGGAUGGAGAAAAUUCUUCAGUAUCCAUUCUGGUUGAUAAAACGUUAUAUUUGUAUGUUGUAAAGAUGUUUGCAAAAUCCAAUCAGAUGACUGGAAAGUGAAUAAAAAUUAAGGCAACUGAAUAAAAUGCUCACACUCCACUGCC